AUGGCUAGGGAAGGUCUAGAAUGCCGCGGGAGCAUUGACGCCAAGGACCAAUAUUUCUCCGCCGGCGCAGAGCUGCCCGAGCUGCCCGUCUCGCGGCCGCUGAAGGUGGCGAAACGGUACGAUUCGUCAUCUGUUUCCCCGUUUGGUUCGACCACCCAGAAGGCUGACCGAUUUGUUCCCUCCAAGGCCAAUGCCAACAUGAACGUCCACAAUAUCGCUGACAAUGUCGCUGGCCGCAAGUCGGUCGCCGGCAACGAAGGUGGCGUCGACAAUGCUGACUACAAUGCGCGGUCAUCCUCCACCAACCUGGACGCAUCGAAAGCCGCAAUUCAGGCUCUCGUGGCCAGCCAGCUGCAAAUUGUACGCAGCAUCCAGCGUCUGGUGGAGGUGCUUGAGCGCCAGUGGAUGUUCAGUGAGCUCUACAAGGAGCGGGACGGAUUCAUGAAAAUGCGCGAGGACGUCCACAAGAAAAUCGAAGAUCUUGAUCACCAGGUCAUGCUCAUACGCGAUUUGCUGAUUUCCCUUGAAUCCGAAGAACUCAACAGCGCGGAGUUUGUUGAUCACUACUGA